ACAGAGUAAAAUUCACUCUCACUCUUUCUCUGGUUUUCUGCUAUAAAAAGACUGCUGCGUUCAACCUUUCAUUUGCUCCCAACUUGUACGAGAACCUCAGAGAAAACUUAAGCACUCAACUUAUCCUGAGUUACCACAAUGGAGGUCUUGUUGAAACCUCUCUGCAUUUUUCUGCUCUUCUUCAUUGCCAAAGUUGUAACGGAAUCAAGUGGGGAAGAAAUGAUUCAGGUGCAGAGCUCAAGUAACACGACAUUGCGUGCCUACAAGCAUGAGCAUGCAGUGGAUGAUCCGGAAUCAGUUGCAACCAUGGUUAAUAUGGCAAUUAGGAAUAGCACUGAAAGGAGAAAACUAGGUUUCUUCUCUUGUGGGACAGGGAACCCUAUUGAUGACUGUUGGCGCUGUGACCGCAACUGGGAACGCAACCGCAAACGCCUUGCCAACUGUGCCAUUGGCUUUGGACGCAGUGCUAUUGGCGGCCGUGAUGGCAAGUACUAUGUGGUUUCAAACCCAAACGAUGACGACCCUGUAAAUCCCAGACCAGGCACGCUACGUCAUGCUGUAAUCCAAGACAGGCCCUUAUGGAUUGUUUUUAGACGAAGCAUGGUGAUCACACUAAAACAAGAGCUGAUCAUGAAUAGCUUUAAAACUAUUGAUGCCCGAGGACAUUCUGUGCAUAUUGCAAAUGGGGCUUGCAUUACGAUUCAGUAUGUGACCAAUAUUAUUAUUCAUGGUCUCAACAUCCAUGAUUGCAAACGAACUGGCAAUGCCAUGGUCAGGAGCUCACCAAGUCAUUAUGGUUGGAGAACAAUGGCUGAUGGUGACGGUAUCUCCAUUUUCGGAUCAAGUCACAUUUGGAUUGAUCACAAUUCUCUUUCUAAAUGUACCGAUGGCCUGAUUGAUGCUAUAAUGGGAUCAACUGCCAUUACAAUAUCCAACAAUUACUUUACUCACCACAAUGAGGUGAUACUAUUAGGCCACAGCGACUCAUACUGGAGAGAUAAGGCUAUGCAAGUGACAAUUGCUUUCAAUCAUUUCGGAGAGGGUCUUAUCCAGAGAAUGCCAAGGUGUAGGCACGGAUACUUUCAUGUGGUGAACAAUGACUACACCCACUGGGAAAUGUAUGCCAUCGGAGGCAGUGCUGAUCCCACAAUAAACAGCCAGGGAAAUAGAUAUCUCGCCCCAUCAAACCCUUUUGCUAAAGAGGUGACCAAGAGAGUUGAUCUCCGUACACACAGGUGGAGGCACUGGAACUGGAGAUCAGAAGGAGACCUGAUGCUGAAUGGAGCUUAUUUUACCUCAUCUGGUGCUGGAGCCGCAGCAAGUUAUGCCAGGGCCUCGAGUUUAGGAGCAAAGUCCUCUUCCUUGGUCGGAUCUCUCACGUCUCAUUCUGGUGUGCUUCUCUGUCGUAUAGGCCGCCAGUGUUAACACAGAAUUUACACAUUUCGUAAAACUAGCACAAAACGGCCAUAGGAAGAAGUCUUUUACAAAUUACAGUGUUCCUUUACCCUAUAAAUUAUGAUAAGCAACAUCCAGUUCAGAAUAGUAGGUCAAUUCAGUUUUCAACCGAGUGCCCGAGUCUCUUUGUUUGUUAAGUGUAUAUCUUUUCCCUCCAUACACACACAAUAUAUUAACCUUCCUUGAUCAACCUCUAGCUUGCUUCAACUGAAAAAAAUCACAGUUCUUGGAUCAGGUUCAGAAGCGUUGUUCUUCCUGUUUUCGUGUUUGUUUAUUAUACUGGGAUCCAUUACUUCUUAGCAAAGUAAUGCUUCCCUUUCCUAUUCAACUCUUGUGGUUUUUUUACUUUGUGUCUUUUUUCUUGGGCCAUUUAUCAUCCUUAUGUCUCUAAGCCAUACCUUGCUGUUGAGAACAGACAACAUAAAGAAACUAAAGACUAAGCUUUGUCGUCUGUUGAUGUGCUUCAGAACUCUGAGUCUGUUUUGUUGAUGUGCUUAAGAAUUCUGGUUCAAACCCUUUGAUUGAAUGUAAUUAUGAUUUUUACUCUUA